AUGGCGGAAGGCUGUGGAUGUGUGUUGGUGGAAGGUUGUGCCUGUGUACUGGUGGAAGGCUGUGUCUGUGUCCUGGUGGAAGGCUGUGUGCUGGUAGAAGGCUGUGCCUGUGCGCUAGUGGAAGAUGAUUACACUCCAGCAAAAUAUGUCACACAGUCAGUGUACGCUGACGAUGCUCACAUGGAGGUUCUAAUAUCGUCCUUACGGCAGGUUCUGAUGUUUUCCUUACAGCAGGUUCUGAUGUUUUCCUUACUGCAGGUUCUAAUAUCUUCUUUACUGCAGGUUCUAAUAUCGUCCUUACGGCAGGUUCUGAUGUUUUCCUUACAGCAGGUUCUGAUGUUUUCCUUACAGCAGGUUCUAAUGUCUUCCUUACUGCAGGUUCUAAUGUCUUCCUUACAGCAGGUUCUAAUGUCUUCCUUACAGGAAGGUUCUAAUAUCUUCCUUACUGCAGGUUCUGUUAUCUUCUUUACAGCAGGUUCUAAUGUCUUCCUUGCUGCAGGUUCAAAUGUCUUCUUUCCUGCAGGUUCUAAUGUCUUCCUUACAGCAGGUUCUAAUGUCUUCCUUACAGCAGGUUCUAAUGUCUUCCUUACUGCAGGUUCUGCAGGUUCUAAUGUCUUCCUUGCUGCAGGUUCUAAUGUCUUCCUUACUGCAGGUUCUAAUGUCUUCCUUACUGCAGGUUCUAAUGUCUUCCUUACAGCAGGUUCUAAUGUCUUCCUUGCAGCAUGUUCUAAUGUCUUCCUUACAGCAGGUUCUAAUGUCUUCCUUGCAGCAUGUUCUAAUGUCUUCCUUACUGCAGGUUCUAAUGUCUUCCUUACAGCAGGUUCUAAUGCCUUCCUUACAGCAGGUUCUAAUGUCUUCCAUACUGCAUGUUCUAAUUUCUUCCUUACAGCAGGUUCUAAUGUCUUCCUUACUGCAGGUUCUAAUGUCUUCCUUACAACAGGUUCUAAUGUCUUCCUUACAGCAGGUUCUAAUAUCUUCCUUACAGGAGGUUCUAAUGUCUUCCUUACAGCAGGUUCUAUUAUCUUCUUUACUGCAGGUUCUAAUGUCUUCCUUACAGCAGGUUCUAGUGUCUUUCUUACUGCAGGUUCUAAUGUCUUCUUUACUGCAGGUUCUAAUAUCUUCCUCACAGCAGGUUCUAAUGUCUUCCUCACUGCAGGUUCGAAUGUCUUCCUUACUGCAGGUUCUAAUGUCUUCCUCACAGCAGGUUCUAAUGUCUUCCUCACAGCAGGUUCUAAUGUCUUCCUUACAGCAGGUUCUAAUGUCUUCCUUACUGCAUGUUCUAAUUUCUUCCUUACAGCGGGUUCUAAUGUCUUCCUUGCAGCAGGUUCUAAUGUCUUCCUUACAGCAAGUUCUAAUGCCUUCCUUACUGCAUGUUCUAAUGUCUUCCUCACUGCAGGUUCUAAUAUCUUCCUUACAGGAGGUUCUAAUGUCUUCCUUACAGCAGGUUCUAUUAUCUUCUUUACUGCAGGUUCUAAUGUCUUCCUUACAGCAGGUUCUAGUGUCUUUCUUACUGCAGGUUCUAAUGUCUUCUUUACUGCAGGUUCUAAUAUCUUCCUCACAGCAGGUUCUAAUGUCUUCCUCACUGCAGGUUCGAAUGUCUUCCUUACUGCAGGUUCUAAUGUCUUCCUCACAGCAGGUUCUAAUGUCUUCCUCACAGCAGGUUCUAAUGUCUUCCUUACAGCAGGUUCUAAUGUCUUCCUUACUGCAUGUUCUAAUUUCUUCCUUACAGCGGGUUCUAAUGUCUUCCUUGCAGCAGGUUCUAAUGUCUUCCUUACAGCAAGUUCUAAUGCCUUCCUUACUGCAUGUUCUAAUGUCUUCCUCACUGCAGGUUCUAAUAUCUUCCUUACUGCAGGUUCUGUUAUCUUCUUUACUGCAGGUUCUAAUGUCUUCCUUACAGCAGGUUCUAAUGCCUUCCUUACUGCAUGUUCUAAUGUCUUCCUCACUGCAGGUUCUAAUAUCUUCCUUACUGCAGGUUCUGUUAUCUUCUUUACUGCAGGUUCUAAUGUCUUCCUUACAGCAGGUUCUAAUGUCUUCCUUAUAGCAGGUUCUAAUAUCUACCUUACUGCAGGUUCUAAUGUCUUGCUUAUGGCAGGUUCUAAUAUCUUCCUUACUGCAGGUUCUAUUAUCUUCUUUACUGCAGGUUCUAAUGUCUUCCUUACAGCAGGUUCUAAUGUCUUCCUUACAGCAGGUUCUAAUAUCUUCCUUACAGGAGGUUCUAAUGUCUUCCUUACAGCAGGUUCUAAUGUCUUCCUUACUGCAGGUUCUAUUGUCUUCUUUAGUGCAGAUUCUAAUAUAUUUCUUACUGCAGGUUCUAAUAUAUUUCUUACUGCAGGUUCUAAUGUCUUCCUUACUGCAGGUUCUAAUGUCUUCUUUACUGCAGGUUCUAAUAUCUUCCUUACAGCAGGUUCUAAUGUCUUCCUUACUGCAGGUUCUAAUGUCUUCCUUACAGCAGGUUCUAAUGUCUUCCUUACUGCAUGUUCUAAUUUCUUCCUUACAGCAGGUUCUAAUGUCUUCCUUACUGCAGGUUCUAAUGUCUUCCUUACAGCAGGUUCUAAUGUCUUCCUUGCAGCAGGUUCUAAUGUCUUCCUUACAGCAGGUUCUAAUCUCUUCCUUACUGCAGGUUCUAAUGUCUUCCUUACAGCAGGUUCUAAUGUCUUCCUUACAGCAGGUUCUAAUGUCUUCCUUACAGCAGGUUCUAAUGUCUUCCCUACAGCAGGUUCUAAUAUCUUCCUUACAGGAGGUUCUAAUGUCUUCCUUACAGCAGGUUCUAAUGUCUUCCCUACAGCAGGUUCUAAUAUCUUCCUUACAGGAGGUUCUAAUGUCUUCCUUACUGCAGGUUCUAUUGUCUUCUUUAGUGCAGGUUCUAAUAUAUUUCUUACUGCAGGUUCUAAUGUCUUCCUUACUGCAGGUUCAAAUGUCUUCCUUACUACAGGUUCUAAUAUCUUCGUUACUGCAGGUUCUAAUGUCUUCCUUACUGCAGGUUCUAAUGUCUUCUUUACUGCAGGUUCUAAUAUCUUCCUUACAGCAGGUUCUAAUGUCUUCUUUACUGCAGGUUCUAAUAUCUUCCUUACAGCAGGUUCUAAUGUCUUCCUUACUGCAGGUUCUAAUGUCUUCCUUACAGCAGGUUCUAAUGUCUUCCUUACUGCAUGUUCUAAUUUCUUCCUUACAACAGGUUCUAAUGUCUUCCUUAUUGCAGGUUCUAAUGUCUUCCUUACAGCAGGUUCUAAUGUCUUCCUUGCAGCAGGUUCUAAUGUCUUCCUUACAGCAGGUUCUAAUGUCUUCCUUACUGCAUGUUCUAAUGUCUUCCUUACAGCAGGUUAUAAUGUCUUCCUUACAGCAGGUUCUAAUAUCUUCCUUACAGGAGGUUCUAAUGUCUUCCUUACUGCAGGUUCUAAUAUCUUCCUUACAGGAGGUUAUAAUGUCUUCCUCACUGCAGGUUCUAAUAUCUUCCUUACUGCAGGUUCUGUUAUCUUCUUUACUGCAGGUUCUAAUGUCUUCCUUACAGCAGAUUCUAAUGUCUUCCUUAUAGCAGGUUCUAAUAUCUUCCUUACUGCAGGUUCUAAUGUCUUGCUUACGGCAGGUUCUAAUGUCUUCCUUACUGCAGGUUCUAAUGUCUUCCUUGCAGCAGGUUCUAAUGUCUUCCUUACUGCAGGUUCUAAUGUCUUCCUUACAGCAGGUUCUAAGGUCAUCCUUACUGCAGGUUCUAAUGUCUUCCUUACAGCAGGUUCUAAUGUCUUCUUUACUGCAGGUUCUAAUAUCUUCCUAACAGCAGGUUCUAAUAUCCUCCUUACAGCAGGUUCUAAUGUCUUCCUUACAGCAGGUUCUAAUGUCUUCCUUACAGCAGGUUCUAAUAUCUUCCUUACAGGAGGUUCUAAUGUCUUCCUUACAGCAGGUUCUAAUGUCUUCCUUACUGCAGGUUCUAUUGUCUUCUUUAGUGCAGGUUCUAAUAUAUUCCUUACUGCAGGUUCUAAUGUCUUCCUUACUGCAGGUUCAAAUGUCUUCCUUACUGCAGGUUCUAAUAUCUUCGUUACUGCAGGUUCUAAUGUCUUCCUUACUGCAGGUUCUAAUGUCUUCUUUACUGCAGGUUCUAAUAUCUUCCUUACAGCAGGUUCUAAUGUCUUCCUUACUGCAGGUUCUAAUGUCUUCCUUACAGCAGGUUCUAAUGUCUUCCUUACUGCAUGUUCUAAUGUCUUCCUUACAGCAGGUUAUAAUGUCUUCCUAACAGCAGGUUCUAAUAUCCUCCUUACAGCAAGUUCUAAUAUCCUCGUUACUGCAGGUUCUAAUGUCUUCCUUACAGCAGAUUCUAAUGUCUUCCUUACUGCUGGUUUUUCCGGCAACAGAAUUAAAUAA